AUGGACACGUCGUCAACCCUCGCGACGAGCGCCACCCCGACAAUUCCCGCCGAACAGCUUGCCGCACUUACAUCGCUGCUGUCGGGACUCACCGCUGCCGCUUCCGGCACUACCGCACCCGCCACGACAUCCGGCUCCAAUCGCAAUGCCUUCCCGAAGCAUGCGCGGUUGGACGGGCCGAAGACGUUCGCGAACUGGACACGCCAGCUUCGCCUGUGCCUAGCGGACGACAUCCGCUCCUACGUCCUCGACGGAAUCACCCCCGACGAUUGGACGCCUUCGCAACGCUCCGCCCGCGACGUCGUGGCACGCGAGAUCCUUGCAAACUCAAUCGACUCGGCCGAAGUCUCGGCAGUCCUCGACAAGAUCCCUACGGCCGACCUCACAGCGCCCAAGAUUUACUCGACGCUGAAAUCGCGAUACGCCCCUGAUGACGCCACUCGCACGCUCGAGCUCUUCUCGCGACUCUGGGGCUUCCGACCCAUGCCCGGAACGGUUGGCGAAUUUGACAGUUGGAUCAUGGACUUCAAGUCGGUCGCGCAAGAGAUCAUCGAUACGAAAACGACGAUCAACGACGUCCUUGCCACACUCCUCCUCGCGAUCGCCCACCCGUCACUCGAGAGCUUCAAGGCAACGUUCACCGACGAACAACGCACGCAACGAACUCUCCCUGACAUCGAUUCAGUGGCCGACCGUAUGCGAGUUCAACUCCGGUCAACGAACCUCUCCAACGAUCAAUCGGCCCUCCUUGCCUCGUCGUCGCCACGUUCUACCCGUACCAAGUGCCUCGCCUGUCGCAGCUCUUCUCACCGCGUCGCACAAUGCCCUACAAGGGCCCAGCAUCCACCGCCAGGCCCGUGUCGCUCCUGCAAGAAGAAGGACCACUGGUCUUUCGACUGCAAAAAGGCUCUUGAGGACGGGAAAACGCCCGACACCUCUGAUGCGCAACACCAUGUCGGAUGUCUCGCCACCGGUCUUCUCGCACAUCGUCGUCAGCUUCGCAACAACUCCUUCGUCGUCGACUCGGGUGCCACUUCGCACAUGGUCUCGGACAAGUCGCUGUUCACGGCCUAUCGCCACAUCGCUCCUACGAAGAUUGGUGGUAUUGCAGGGGGCAUCAACGCCGUCGGAACGGGAAACAUCGCCUUUGUUGCCGCCUCCGGUCACCCGAUCACGCUUACCGGCGUGCUGCACACCCCGGGCCUGUCUGUCAACCUCCUCUCGGUCUCUCGACUUUGCGACACCGACGAUGUCCGUGUCGCCUUCACGAAGCACGGCAUCCAUAUCGACAAGAACGGCAAUGCUAUCGCUGAAGGCGCAAGACUCGAGGAAGGGCUCUACUUGCUGGACGCUGAUCAUUCCAAAUGUCAGCAUCUCGCUCUCCUCUCUCGCUCACAGUCUUCCGUGCCCCUGCUGACCCUUCACCGCUGCCUCGGCCAUCUCGCACCGUCGUCCAUACAGAAGAUGGUUGCCGCUGGUUUGCUGGAAGGUCUCGGGGCCGGAUAUAGUGACGAAGAGGUAGAGAAGUUUGUCUGCAAUGCUUGCCUCAGUGCAAAGGGCCAUCGUCUUCCUUUUCCCGAUUCGGACUCGCACUCCUCAGAGAGACUCGGCCUCGUACACAGCGAUGUGCUUUCCUUUCCCGAGUCGUCCUUGACUGGCAAGCGUUACCUGGUCACGUUUCUUGACGACUUCUCGCGCAAACUGUGGGCAUACGCGAUCGGACACAAAAGCGAAGUCUUUGGCGUGUUCAAGACAUGGCUUGCCGAGGUCGAACUCGAGACGGGUGCAAAACUGAAGGUCCUCCGAACCGACAAUGGUGGCGAAUACUGUUCGAGAGCGUUCACGGAAUUCUGUAAGGCACGCGGCACACGUCGACAAUACUCUAUCCCUCGAACGCCUCAACAGAACGGUCGUGCCGAACGAGUCAAUCGUUCUAUCGUCGAAGGUGUCCUUGCCCUCCUUGCAGACGCCCACUUACCCAAAUCAUUCUGGGAGGAGGCAGCAGCUUAUUUCGUCUACUGCAAGAACCUGUGCGAACACUCGGCCCUGGACAAGGCAACACCGAACUUCGCCUGGCAGGGCGACCGCACCAACGCCUCGGCGCUUCACCCGUUCGGCUGCACGGCUUGGCUCACAGUCGCGCCUGAACUUCGCUCGAAACUCGACCCGAAAGCGGUUCGCGUUCUCUUCACCGGCUAUGACCUGGCUUCUAAAGCCUUCCGUUUCUACGACACGACGACCAAGAAGAUCAGUUUGGGCAGAAAUGCCAGGUUCCUCGACAACGAAUUUCCCGGGUUACGUAGCGACUCCACCGAGCAAGACGCCGACACGCACUUCGCCAGCGCUUGCCCGACCACCGAAUCCCAAGCCGUUGUCAAGACAUGGACCCCACUAGUAAGGUCGGCGCACAUGGACGUCUCAUCCUCUCUUGAUGACUCUGCCAUGAGCGCCGUUGACGUGGCCCCAGGGUACACUGGCGGAACCUUACUUAAUUCCACAGAUGCCGAAUCGUCCUCGUCACCGUCUCCUGAGCCGUCCUCGUCACCGUCGCCCGCAACCCCCUUGUCACCGUCGCCUGCGCUGUCACCGUCGUUGGCUGCGUCAUCGUCACCCUCGGCCUUACCGACCGACUCUGACUACUCCGCCGACCCUCUGGACCUCAUCGGCUCACAGACCCCGACUCGCCUCGGCCCACCGGACGUGCACCGCCCAGACUUCAGCACGUACCGUGAGCCCGCAUCGGCUGAGGAGUCGCCCGACGAACUCGACAUCAUUGGGCGCCACUCGCGCGAUGAAUCGCCGGACGAAAUCGAUUUCCUCACCCAACACCACCGCGCCUUCAUCGCCACCGACGACGACAACUCUGACACAGAAGCCAUUCAACCAGUCAAGUCCAUCACCAGCGACCCACAGACAUGGCGCGAGGCAAUGUCGAGUGACAAGCGCGAAGUGUGGGCCAAGGCCGCUACCGACGAGUUCAAUUCCAUGCGCGACGACUUCAAGGUCUUCACCAUCGAGGACCGAUCCACGGUACCAGCGGGUGCGACCAUCGUCACAUCCAAGUUCGUCUGGAAAACGAAACGGAAUGCACUCGGCGAAGUCACCGGCCACAAGGCACGGCUCGUGGCGCAGGGAAAUCGGCAACGCGACGGCAUCGACUUCAACGAAACCUUCGCACCAGUCGCACACUUCUCCUCGAUACGCUCACUCCUCGCGCUGGCGGCCGCCAACGGCUUGCACGUGCACCAGGCGGACAUCGACAAAGCCUAUCUGCAUGGCGACCUUGACCAUGACAUCUGGAUGACGACACCGCGCGGCUUCGACCUUCCCACCGACAAGGUGCUUCGUCUGCGACGCUCCAUCUACGGACUCAAACAGGCUGGCCGAAUCUGGAAUCGACACAUCGACGCAUCGCUUCGAGAUCUCGGCUAUACGGCGACGGGCACCGACCACUGCGUGUACUCUCGGAUCGACGAUCGGCGACGCCCACACUACAUCGCGCUGUACGUCGACGACCUCCUGAUGAUCAGCCCCGACUUGGCCGAAAUUGAACGUGUCAUCUCGGGCCUCGAACAACGCUACGGCGUCAAGCGCCUCGGCCCGGCAGAGUACAUCCUCGGCAUCCAGAUCAGGCGACUCGAAGACGGUUCUAUUGCCCUGUCCCAGGAACGGUACAUCAUGGACGUGCUUGCUCGGUUCCACUUCGACACCACGACUCGCGGCACUACAGUCCCGAUGACCCCCGGCCUUUCGCUCACCGCCAUCCCGGGUCAAGGCACCGAACGGAUCAGGUCAUGGUAUCUGCAGGCUAUCGGCUCGCUCCUCUACAUUUCGCUCGGCACCCGCCCCGACAUCGCCUUCGCCGUGUCCUACCUGGCCCGCUUCGCCAACAACCCUGGACGUCGUCACUGGAUCGCGGUCAAGCACAUCCUCCGCUAUCUCCGGGCCACAUAUCGCGACGAACUGGUUUAUGCUUGCGGCGAGACACGCAUCACGGGCGUGGUUGGCUACUCCGACGCGAACUGGGGGGCCUGCGUCGAUACGUCGGUGUCCACUAUGGGCUACGUCUUCUACAUUGCCGGAUCCGCCGUGUCUUGGUCGUCCAAGCGUCAAUCUCGAGUUGCCGAUUCUACCACCGACGCUGAAUACCUCGCCCUCUCGCAUGCUGGCAAGGAAGGGAUCUACCUCAGUCAGCUGCUCGAGGAGCUCCAUGUCCAACCUGUUGCACCGGCUCACAUUUUUACUGACAAUGAAGCCGCUGCCGCAGUUGCCCACGACCCUGUCCGCGUCUCCGGCACUCGACACAUACGCUUGCGCGAGCACUUUGUUCGGGACAUGGUGAAUCGGGGCGAUAUCUCACUCUCGCAUGUGGGAACCAGCAACAUGGUGGCCGACAUCUUCACAAAGGCUCUUGGCCCAAAGAUUUUCUCGACACACUGCUACGCACUAGGCCUUCGCACUCGACACCCACGGCUUGGAUCUGCCUCGCAUUCGCGUGGGGGGGGGUGUGAAGAGUCCACUCUCAGCUCGACAGGGGCGCCUCGGUCGUUGCGCGCGCCUGCUAGCCUGGCCCCUGUGGUGGGGACUUAG